UGCAUGAAUUGUGAAUUUGAAGGUACUAACUAUAAUUGACUCGGAUUUGGUAAAACGCUUCUUAACCGAGAAAUGUAAUAUCUAAAAAUACUUAGUCAGGAUCCAAUGACGAUAUAUCAUUCCAAUUCCAUUCCAAUACCUCAUCGCAAUGCUCUUGUUGAUAACUUGAGGAAGAGAAGAGAAUCGCCGCAUGUUAAUAAAAUCUCUUGCGCUAUGUUGGAAGUUCCAUCAAGGCUUUGAAUAGCCCGGCCACAGGCUAGGCUUUGAAGUUCGGUCUAUUUUUGCGUGUAUUUUGGGGUGGGGAAUUUGCCACUUUGGUUGGCUGAGGCGAUUUGGUAUCUGAAAAACUUGCUAUAAUAGUAUAAGCUAUGUAUAAUAAUUAAUAUGGCCUCAUGCAGUUGUUAGCUCAGCCAAAACUGUCGUGUCCGGCAUUAAGUGCAGAAAUUAUGCCAACUUAUGUUUCUCAUUCGUGGUUCGUAUCUCUCAUCUCUGUGUAACCAAUGUUCGACUAUAAAUUGACGAAUUUAAUAGCGACAAAAUAAAUUCGUCUAUAUUAAAUUCGACGUGAGAAAAAAGUCACAGGACACAGACGCGUCGUAUAAAAAAGAUGAGAUUACCAAUGCUGAUUCAGCCUUAAUUGCUAUUAAUCAGCAUAAUUGAAAUAUUUCUACUGACCCAAACAUUGUUGAACUUGUUGGCUUUGUUAUCACCACUGAAGGACGUUCAUAUGAUAUGUUGUUCCAUACGGUAAUUUCUUUCCCAAAUAUCUUAAGGAAACGAUUUCAAUUUGAAUAAAUUUGAUCAAAUUAUUCAAAAAUGUACAUAAUAAGCCGUGAUAAUGUGAUGUAAAUUGUACAAAACUAACCACAUACUGUUUUAUGUUGGGCCAACAUAUGGUUGGGUAUUUUCAAACGUGCCUUUAUCCCUAUAUAGAUUUUUCGCUUCACUAAUACUAGUAUUAUUAGCAUGAAACCCAUCCUAGGUUUAUAUCUAAAAACAAUAAACAUAUUGAAAUUGAGCAUUAUGAUGACACAGCAAUAUUCAUCCAAUGAAGUGUGACGUAUUUUGAGCAAUUGAAAUAAGUCGCACUUCAUGAUCUAACAAAAUUGCUUGUUACAAAGUGUAUGAAAUUCCAUGUUUUGGACAAAAAACAAAUGUUGUUGAAUGUUAUUAAUCGUCUUCUUUCACUACAUAACUUCUAGCGUGUUCCUAAUUUCGUUUAAACAGUAUUAAAAGUUAUCUAACUUUUGUUUAAGGCUGAAACACGUAAUUCAACUCUGCCCAAAAUACGUCACACUUUAUUGAAUCCCGGGUAAGCGGGACCGCGUUUGACGUCAUUGUAAGAGGGUCGAUUAAAGAGCUGAGAGCAGCAUUUUUCAUUAUGCUAAUAUUGCUGUAUCAUCCUUGCUGUGUCAUCAUUAUGCUAACAUUCAAUAUAAUAUAAUAUAUUAUAAUGAAUCUUAGCAUUAUGAUGACACAGCAAUAUUAGCAUUAUAAAAAAUGCUGCUCAGCUCUCUAAUCGACCUUUCUUAUAAUGAUGUCAAACGCGGAAAAACACUUAAUGUGAUGUCCCAGAAGACAAUUUUUAGCGAAAUUCGCAAUUUAUUGGCUCGCCAACAACUCGCCUGUGGGACAUCGCAUAAAUUGGUUUUCCGCGAUGACGUCAUUAUAAGAAAGAUCUAUUCUAAUUUCUAAAAUAUGCUUAGUCAUCACUCCAUUGACUAACAACUAUAAAUAUAGAACAAAUGAGUAACUAGUGAUAUUUGCUUAGGUAUUAUAGGAAUUAGAAGCUUCAGUAUUUUGUUAACGUUAUAAGGCCUGAGAAUUGUAUCGCUAAAAAUCGUUUACCUUUUUGGUCAAGAAACAUACGAACGACGAUGGACAGUCGUGUUGAUGAGACUGUUCAUAUGAUAUCCUUGUGUAAGUUUGUUAACAUCUCGUCCUCGACUAACAAAAGGUACAAGGAACAAAUAUUAAAAGAUAUAAUAAUUGCUAUCUGUGCUAUGCUAAACAGCAUUGGUGGAAAAGUUGUGUUAUAUAACAAGUGCACGUGCCUGUUAGCCGUCUCCGCGAUUUCUCUGUUGAUUCGAAUUCUGGAACAAUCUCUGAUAUCUAUUAUUGGAUCAAACCAGACCAUCUCGAAAAUAAAUUUUAAAGAAGAUAAAGAAAGCAUGGUCAUUUUAGUCAAAAAGGCUGAUUGCUUAAUAAUAACUAAUUAUAAUCUUUAUUUGCCAAGUCAAUCACAAGUUGUACAAAUAUCUCCUUGGGAGCCACUGGAGAAAGUCAAGGACGAUAUCAUUAACAGAAGAUUCGUCCCAGAACCAGUUCAACUUGAUUCACAUUGUCGAAUAUUUCUUAAAGGUAAAAAUUGUGAUUUUCAUGAGAACAAAAUGGUUAUGUUUAAGAAUCUAAAAGCAGAUCAAUCAAAACGUACCAGACUAGCAGAUCGUAUGACUGGUAAAGGUAAUAAGUUCAGUUGUUACGUAUCUGCUUUCGCCAACUAUAACGGAGGUCACAUGUACUUUGGUAUCAGAGACGAUGGGGUUGUUGAAGGCGAGGUGAUCCCAAACGAAGAUAUCAGUGAAAUAAUAAAGAAAGUUGAAAAAGCCAUCAAGAAGAUGAAGUGGCCUGAGCAAAUUGAUCAACCAAAACGAGGGGAACACUGGGAAAUAUGCUUCGAGCCAGUGGUAGAUGAAAACUCCAAUGUUAUCCCAUCAACCUUUGUGAUCGUGAUUUACAUCGCUGCUUGUCUGGGUGGUGUGUUCACUGAGGAACCAGAAUGUUAUGAAAUGGUGGAGGGCAAAAUUGAGAAGAUGUCGUUUGUUACUUGGAAGAAGAGAGUAUUGCAACUUGGUGAUGUAGAUAUUCCUGCGGCCGUACAACGGAUUGAAUGGAGCUCAUCUGCGACAGAACGUCGUUGCACUAAGGUUCGUGAAGUUUUAAUGACGGCCAUUAACAAUGGAAAAUGGGAAAUGUUUUCAAAAUAUGCAAAGUUAUUUGAAGAUAAAUAUCCUGAAGUUGAGAUGAAGCUAAUGGUUUUAUCAAGAAGAGUGAUAGCGAAUUACCGGCAAGGUCGUCUUUCCAAAGCACGUCACUUGCUUGUUGAUUAUGAUAAACUUUUACCGAAAGCAAACGAUAUCUUGAUUUUCGAAGUGAUUUAUUUGUGUUUGAAAGCAGCUUUAAAGCGUGCGAAAAGGGAAUUCGAAGCUGUUAGCGAAUUCUUGGAAAGUGCUUUGUUAAAGGCGGACCAAUUAACACCGGGGAUUAUUACAGCAUUGACAUUUUCAUUUGCAGCAAUGAAUCAAAACUCUGGACUAAAUGAGGAUGGUCCAUCGUCUGCCGAACUUUCUAGGAAGGUACUUGAACAUUUGAAGUAUUUACCAAGGUCUCAAGUGCAGGUAGAAAUGGAACACAAGGCGUACAUAAUUUUGGCAACAUUUCAUCUCGGAUAUGAUAUGUCAGGAAAGAUAAUCGAGAAGCAUGUGAAUCAAUUAAGACUGGAAACAGCGACGUCUAGCCUAAUGGCGUUAAAUAAGUCAGUAUGUAGUGGUUAUUCGCUCAGUCGAUACCGUGAGGUUCAAUUCAAUAUGGUACAGUCGACACUUUAUUAUCGGUAUGCCCAAGUUAAUCCUGAAAAGAACGAAAUAUUCCUAGAAGAAGCGUUUCAAUUCUCUAGGAAAGCUCAACAUCUUGCCAGAGCUUCUAAUUUUGAUGAAAUGGUUACCUGGGCCAAUGUUAGUGUAGCUUUGUACACUGAAAAAUUAGUCCUUGCAAGCUUGGCGAAAAUGGAUUGGGUAAAGAAGAUAUAUAUGUACCGGUUAAGUAAAAAGUAAGUGUUUGCCUGAUUGCAUAUGUUUUCUACGAGCGGAAAAGAGUAUACAUGCCUUCUGGUACAACCAAUCUUAUCUUGACAUAAAAUUGUUGACCUUAAUUGAAUUCGUUUUUAUUGAUAAAAAAAGUUAAACUUAAAUUCAUUUUUUAGAAAUUGGAAGAUUAUAUUUUCUAAAACUGUGUCCGCCAAUAAAAUAUCUACUGCUUAAUUCCUUUGCACAGAACAAUUUAAUCCAGAUAAUUUUAUGUUCAUUGCAUGUUUGCAUGGCAAUAAAAUAUUUAUUUUGAUUUGUAGAAACACCGCGUAUAUUUUUAAUAAUUGCAAGGCUUUCCACUUGUAAGCUCGGAUCUUGGUCAGUGCUAAUAGCAGCCUAGAACCUAGGCCUUUACUCGACUACCUUUGGCAGGUUUGGUUAACGUUGGACUAUAGCAUUAAUUUGGCAAGAAUAACAUCACAGGUAGUCCAGUCUUCGGAUGUAAAAAAAACGAAUUACAAGGAUAAUGUGAAAGAAUUCCCCACUCCAAAAUUCCGCCAGAUACCCUGGAUAUUUGAAAUGACGUGAAGAUCCUUGUUACGGAUCGAAAGCUUUUCAAUAAUAAAUAUACGUGGUGUUUCCACGAACUAAAAUAAAUAUUCUAGAUAAUUAAGCCAAAAUUGUCCUCGUUUAAGCAUUUAUAUUAUAGUUUGAAAUGAAAACACACGGAAUGGGUUAGAAUAAAUAACAUAAUUAGAAAUAUCACAAUAGUUGUAAUUGUAGUAGUUUAAUUAGUAGUUUAAUUUAAUUUUUUUAGUAGUUUAAUUUUUUAGGUGGGUUUCAAACAAUCCCACGAGACUUUAACACAAGGAUAAUGGAGGUUCAAGAUUCAAAUGAGCACUGAACUCUCUGAACUCUCAAAGUGACUGCAUGUGUCUAUAAUAACAUGGUCCUUCCAAAAGUAAAAACAGAACCUGUGUGGAAAUGUUCUUUAGCGUUCGCUGGACCAAGAAUUAACAAUCUUCUGAAUAUGAAAACUCAACAUUAACGUCUAAAACUACUUGAAAUAGUGUUAACAUUUGCGAUUCUUAAUUAUAAGUGUUAAUUAGAUGAAUCACUAUUAGGGAUAGGCCAUUUGAAAAGGAAGGGGGCGGGGUAAGAACCGAAAAAUCCAUACAAGCAAAAUAUUUAAAAACAUACUACUCCGUGCCCGCCUUCACUUCUCCAAUGGUGCGUCCCUCACAUUAUAAAGGACUUGUUUUAAUGACUUUUGUGAAGCAAUAUCAGAUUCUUGGUUGAUAACAAUAAAAAUGUACUAUUGAACAAGCU